UUUUGCUUGGCAAAAACAAUCCUCACAUCCAUAGGAAGACAGCAUGAGCUCUUAUAAAAAUUGGUUUGUUUAGAGGACAGUAAGCUACUUCAGGGUACUGAAAGCAUGACAUCUCUGUGCCUUGAAAAUAAUUGAGAACGUCAGCGAAGAUUGACAUAAGUAAGACCCUGUGCUCUUUUUAUUUUCCUUCUCUUCUGUCUCUCCCCUAAUGAAGAUUAUUCACAGUGAUGAAGUUGGGGAUUGCUAGUAUAGUGAAAUUUUGAGAUUCUGGCAUAUGUUAAUAAUUUUUGAAUUUAAAGAAAGGACUUCAUUCCACCAGUACUUACUGUUUUCUGUUGUACCAGGCGUUGUCUUUGAGUCUGCUGAAAGGCAGGAGUCCCAUUUAAACCCCCUCUCCCUCUGUGAUCUUGGAUAAGUCACUUCACAGUAUGAACCUUAGUUUUCUCAUCUUUAAAAUGAGAGUGCUGAGUUUGAUGAUCUCAAGGUUUCUCUUAUUUCAUUAUUUAAAUUGAAUGUGAAUUUAUAAAUAUUUACCAUUUAGAUUUUGAGUCAGUUGUGCUAGUUGCUGAGGAUUUAAAGAUUAGUUGAGUGUGGGUCCCUAUCCCUGAGAAUCUUAUAGCCAAUUGGGAGACAAAUUUAAUAGCUAUAGUAAAGGUAUAUGCAAGAUACUGUGAGAUCUUUGAGAAGGAGACAUUUAACAUACCCUUAUGCUUCAGAAAGGAGGUUGUUGAUGGUCCUGAAGCUGAAGUGGAUGGGAGGAUGGGAGAAAUAUGUCAGGGCAGGAGCAACGUGUAAAGGCUCUUCUAGACUAGAGCAUGACAUUCGGAUGACUACAGGUAAUCCAGGGUGAGGACAGCUUCUUCCCAUCACUGCCUUCUGCAUCACUGUUUCUUGCCCCUAAGUAAAUUGUUGGAUCUAGCAGGGGUGGGCUCUAGAAAGGAAGUGGUAAGUUAUGUGAUAUAUGUAGUUUCGAGGAGUUUGACAUUUACAUUAGUAAGAAACUACUGUCUUGUAGCCUUAUACUUUGGUUGGCCUUCAGGAUACUGAGUCCAUUUCUCCCACAGGAAGCACAAGUUCCACCUUGGGGUGGACUGAAUAGCUCCACUGGUACCUGGGGAGAUUAUUCAUUAUUCAGAUUCUUUCAUUUUCCAACUUUGUCUUGCUUUAGCAAGACCACUGUUUCCUCUUUUUCCUUUCCCCUGACACACUGAGUCCUCUAAUUUGGUCCUCUGUCAUACCAUUUCUCAUCUUGGAAUUUUCAGCUUACUACAAAGUUGGUAGUCCAUCAACAUAUCCUUUCUGUUUUCAGCAUGGAAUUCUCCCUACCACUUUAUCUGUGGGAUCUUAAAAAAUUAAUAACUCUUGACUGUCCGAUCCUUGGAUUGAAACAUGACAAAACUUGUAUUUUGAAGAUCUGGUAAAGAGUUAUUGUGGCCUAGCUAAGAAAUGAGGGCCUUUCCUAGAAUAGUAGGAGCAGAAAUAAGAAGUAACAUGCUGGAGGGAGAUUUAGGAGAUAGAAUUGACAAGAAGUGGUUUGAUUAUGGUUAAGGUAGGAAAGGAGUCUUAGAUAUCUCAGAUGACAAGGUGGAAGAUGGAUUUAAAAAAAAGAGAAGAAAGAUCAUUGAUGGACUUGAAUCUCAGAAGGGAAGAAAGGAUUCCAUCUAGAAUGCGCAAGGAGAGGUUAGCCAUGGACAGAAAGAAACCUUUUGUCUCUGAAAAGAAAAAGUCCAAAAGAGGAGUAGCUAAUCUGACUGCUGAUACUCCCCCAGCCCUGUUUUCCUAACAGCCGUGUUUAUGCCUCUAAGGCCACAGCCUCUGCUUCUGCUUCUUCUUUGUCCCACCUUUGCACAGGGCCUUGCAGCUUCUCUAGUCCAACCUCAUCCCUCUCCUCAGACACAGUGGAGACUGUGACCUUAGAGGAGAGCCUGGAGGAAACAGCUGCUGCUGCUUUGGUGACUAGUGGGGUAGAGUCACUCCUGCCGGGGCACCUGGUUGUCCUCAGUUUCCUGAGGAGGGUGGUGUGGUGGUGCCCCUUCAGGCUGAGGCCUAUGGUGUCAGCACUUCUGAAGGUUACUGGGUACUCCCCUGGCCCCAAGUUGAACCGCUGCUUUGGACUUCACUGGCUCUCAGUUGUUUUAUGUAUAUUCCAUUCUCUGCUUUUCAGGUGUGGCCUGCAGACUGGUGCCAGCCCACAAACUGCUUGUUACCAGUCUAUAAAGAUAUAAGGACAGAAAUUGAGAGUUUUUUUAAAUUUUAUAUCGUUGAAUCUCAUUUUAAAAUUGGCAUUGGUAUUUUAUAUGUCUGCAUUCUUAUUUUCUAGUAACUUUUUAAAAUUGUAUUUUAAAAAAUACGUCUGUGACAUGUUAGAAAAAUCUUAAAAGAAACUGGUCCUUCACCAGAGGUAGUUCAAGAAGUGUUGCUCCAUCAGUAGAACCUUGGAGGGAACCAGACUCACUGUGAGGUUAACUAAAUAAGUACUUGGACUCUUUUUACAUGCCAGGCCCUGCUGGAGGCCUUGGGGAUGCAGCCAUGAACAAAUCAGGCAGCCUCUGUUCUUGGGGAACUUAGUAGGGAGAGACAGACUGUAAAUAAGAAAGAAAAUGUAUAAAUUAGAAAAUGAGAUAAGGCAUAAGUACAAAGAUAAUAAAACAGGGAGCAGUGAUGGUUACUGGACGCUCCCAUGGAUUAGGCAGUCAAGGAAAUGCUUCUCUGAGGUGGGCGGCGGUUCAGCUGAGAUCUGAAUGAUGUAGAGAAAGAAACAUUCUGGGCAGAGGGGAUAGCCAGUGCCAAAGACCAUAAGUGGGAUGAGUUUGAUGUGGUCACAGGGCCAGGUGACUUGUGAGGGAGGAGGGACUCAGGCUGAGUUUGGAGAAGUGACAGGACCCCAGUCUGUAAGACCUUGCAGGCCAAGAUGAAGAGCCUGGAUUUUACUCGUUGUCCAUGGAAACGCCCUUGGAGAGUUUCAUGCCUUGAGUGGAAUGGUCAACUACUUAGUUUAGAAGAAGAAAGGACAUAUGAUUUAUAUGACUAGGGAAAAAAUUGAGAUCAGAAGUGUACUUUGGCUGAGAGGAAAAAAGAGGAAGGAUCAAAGGAUGGUGAUCUUGAUAAAGCAGAUGUCAUGGAGGAGGAAGAGGAGAAAAAAUAGGAAGAUGUUUUUAAGCGCUCCCAACCUCACCUUCCUUCUGGGGCCCUUUGUGCAGAUGGUUGUCAGUUGAGGAGGAAUGUGCUUCAUCUUUUAGGAACCAGUAACCUUCAAGGAUGUCUCUGCGGAUUUCACAAGGAGGAGUGGGGUUGCUGGACCCUGCUCAGAGGAAGCUGCACACAGCUGUGAUGCUGGAAAACUACAGUCACUUGGUCUCAGUGGUCUUAUGUUCACAGUGAUACUGGAGUGUACAUCCUCAGCUGAUGCUCAUCCCUUUUUGGUGCAUGUGUGUUCUACUUACAGGGGACACCUCUGCUGACUGGGCUUUGGGAUGGAUCUAAUAAGAAUCCAGAUGGAGACUUGAAUGAAAAUUCUGUGGAGAAUCAACAGAAAGGACUUAGGUUAUCUCUUACCUGAAUAGCUUUCCUCCUGGCAAAUUUUGGAAGAGGUGGCCAGUACAAUAACUGGGAGUCAGGAUUAAAUUGUGAAUCUUCAGUGUACAGGAACCCUGAACUAGAUCUUCCCACUUGUCAAAAGUGGGGAGAAGCAUCUUCUCAUAUUUCCAAAAACAAAAGCAGUUUGGUGACUCUUCAGAGUGAUGAUUUAAAAAACAUGGAAAGUGAAGAAUAUUUGUCUUUGAAAGUCCCAAGCCGAAUGGCCACACAGGACUCCUCAGUGACGUUCUGUAAGAAUGAGCCCCAAGAUCCUCAGGAAAACAAAAGUCUGUUUGUAACUGAAGAAAGCACUGAGAGGAAAAUCUCAGAGGGGAAAAGUCCUCCCAUCGGCCAUUGUUCAGAGAAACUUCAAAAUAAACUUGUGUCUGAUGUAAAAGAAGUGGUCUCGCCCUCAUUCAGAGGUGAGACAAUAUGCCAGAUUGGCCAGUCAAAAGAAUCCUUGGAUCCCUUUGACUGUAACCACAAGGACAUUUGUGGUUGGAAAUCAUGGGUGAUCAGUCGUAGUCAUCAGAGAGCUCAUACAGAGGAGAAGCCCUGUACCCAUUAUGACUGUGGGAAAAUACGUACCACCAGCCCAGCUGGUCACCCAGGUGAGAAAAUCCACACUGCCGAGAAACUAUACAGAUGUAGUCAGUGUGGUAGGGACUUCAGUGAGCGCUCAGAGCUAGUCCUUCAUCAGAGGGACCACACAGAAGAAAAGCCCUACAGAUGUGAUCAGUGCGGGAAGGGCUUCACGAGAAGCUCAAGUCUCCUCAUCCACCGCGAAGUCCACGCAGAUGAGAAGCCUUAUAAGUGCGACAAGUGUGGGAAGGGCUUCACGAGGAGUUCAAGUCUGCUCAUUCAUCACUCAGUCCACACAGGCGAGAAGCCUUACAAAUGUGACAAGUGCGGGAAGGGCUUUACCCAGAGCUCCAAACUGCAUAUCCACCAGCGAGUGCACACUGGAGAGAAGCCCUAUGAGUGCGGGGAGUGUGGUAUGAGCUUCAGUCAGCGCUCCAACCUGCACAUCCACCAGCGCAUCCAUACAGGGGAGAGGCCCUACAAGUGUGGAGAGUGUGGGAAGGGCUUCAGUCAGAGUUCAAACCUUCACAUCCACCGGUGCUCACACACGGGGGAGAAGCCUUACCAGUGCUAUGAGUGCGGGAAGGGCUUCAGCCAGAGCUCAGACCUCCGCAUCCACCUCAGAGUCCACACUGGAGAGAAGCCCUAUCACUGCGGCAAGUGCGGGAAGGGAUUCAGCCAGAGCUCCAAACUCCUUAUCCACCAGAGAGUCCACACUGGAGAGAAGCCCUACGAGUGCAGCAAGUGUGGGAAGGGCUUCAGCCAGAGCUCCAACCUCCACAUCCACCAGCGGGUCCACAGGAAAGAUCCCCAUUAAAUGAGGUCUUCAAUCGCAUGCUUGUACACUAAAGACUUAUUUUUAACAU